AUGGUGCAGAGGGGUUUCGAAGCGGACGCUACCUUUGCCAACGAGAACAUGAUUACCUUCAAAAUUGGUCCUAAUGGCGAUGCCGUGUUCAUGGUUCCUGAAGGCCGCAUCCGUGCCUCGUCCGAGUUCGCCGACGCAGCUAUGAGGGGACCAUGGCAAGAAUCGCAAGAGCGCGUCAUCGCCCUACCCGAAUUCGACAAAAAGACCUUCGGUACCUAUCUCCAGUGGCUUCUUACGGGCGUUGUUCACACCAAAGCCGGUUGCGCCGAUGGAAACAAAUCGAUCGAGGCACGCUUGUACUCAGAGAUCCUCCGGCUACCCAACCUAUCUGUUCUAGGUCACUAUCUACUCGACAACGACUUUAGAGACUCUAUCAAUGAUGCUCUCAUAGAAUGCACGGCCGACUUACACCGUAAUGGCUCCAAGUUCCCAGCAAGUUACGGUCCAGACUUCUACGAUAAAACACCAGAUCAGUCCCCGAUUAGAAAGCUUGUCGUAGAUCUCGUUGUCUGGGACAUGCGAGAAUUUCAUGUCCUGAGACUGAAGACCGAUCGAGAUACUAUGCAUCCUGACUAUAUAAUGGAUCUUCUUCUCGCUGUGUCCAGCAGGCUUGUUUCUGGGACUCCUGGUAAGUCACCACUUGAUGGGUGGGACACGAGCUGCAAGUACCACUGUCACGGCGACGAGAAGCCUUGCUACAGGAAGAAAGCUGACACGCCUCGCGUUAUCCCAACAAAACGCCCAGCUUCUGACGAAGCCCAGUCACCGGAUGCAAAGCGACAAGCUUCAGGAUAG